GGUGAGGGGCAGAGUGGGAAAGCGGCGAUAGGAGAUGGAAAACAGCCGGGCGAGCACCUUUGCCCCGCACUUCACAGCGUGUGCCCAUUUCGAUCCUUGCGAUCUUCUGGUUUGGCGGAAGAAAGCGAGCCAGCGCCGUCUCGCAGGUGUCUACACGUCUGGCCGUCCCUGCUGGGGCCGGAACUGACCAUGCCCAGCGGCUGCCGCUGCCUACAUCUCUUGGUCCUGUUGUGCAUCCUAGGGGCACCGGGUCGGCCUGCCAGAGCGGAUGACUGCAGCUCCCACUGUGACCUGGCCCACGGCUGCUGUGCUCCCGACGGUUCCUGCAGGUGUGACCCAGGCUGGGAGGGACUGCACUGUGAGCGCUGUGUGAGGAUGCCUGGCUGCCAGCACGGUACCUGCCACCAGCCCUGGCAGUGCAUCUGCCACAGUGGCUGGGCAGGCAAAUUCUGUGACAAAGAUGAGCACAUCUGUACUUCACAAUCCCCCUGUCGGAAUGGAGGCAAGUGUGUAUAUGAUGGGGGUGGUGAAUACCACUGUGUGUGCCUACCAGGCUUCCACGGACGUGACUGUGAGCGCAAGGCUGGACCCUGUGAGCAGGCAGGUUCUCCAUGCCGGAAUGGCGGGCAGUGCCAGGACAACCAGGGCUUCGCCCUCAACUUCACAUGUCGCUGCUUGGCAGGCUUCGUGGGUGCCCGCUGUGAGGUCAAUGUGGAUGACUGCCUGAUGCGACCUUGUGCUAAUGGUGCCACAUGUAUUGAUGGCACAAACCGCUUCUCCUGCCUCUGUCCCGAGGGCUUUGCUGGACGCUUCUGCACAAUCAACCUGGAUGACUGUGCCAGCCGCCCAUGCCAGAGAGGGGCCCGCUGUCGGGACCGUGUCCAUGACUUUGACUGCCUCUGCCCCAGUGGCUAUGGUGGCAAGACUUGUGAGUUUGUCUUACCUGUCCCAGAGCCUGCUACCACAAUGGGGACCCCACUAGAGCCCACCUCAGCUGUAGUGGUACCUGCUACGAGGCCAGCCCCCCACACUGCAGGAGCAGGCCUGCUGAGGAUCUCAGUGAAGGAGGUGGUGCGGAAGCAAGAGGCUGGAGUAGGUGAGUCCAGCCUAGUGGCCCUGGUGGUGUUUGGAGCCCUCACUGCUGCCCUGGUCCUGGCCACUGUGUUGCUGACCCUGAGGGCAUGGCGCCGGGGCAUUUGCCCUGCUGGACCCUGUUGCUACCCAGCCCCACACUAUGCUCCAGCCCGGCAGGAUCAGGAGUGUCAGGUCAGCAUGCUGCCAGCAAGGUUCCCCCUGCCACCUGACCUGCCCCCUGAGCCUGGCAAGACCACAGCGCUGUGAUGGUGGUGGGGGCUUUGUGGCCCCCUUCCUCACCUCCUCCACAACUCAGACUGGAGUGGUCCUUUCUCAGCAGCCUUCAGCUUGGGACUACUCAUUGAUGGGACUUCAGCCUUACACCAGAAAUAAUAUUUUUUUAAUACACAGAAUGUAAGAUAGGAAUUUUAUCAAAUAAAACUAUGAAA